AGGAAACAUUCCUCUCUGCUCCAGAAGUGCUUUGUUUCCUUUGAGUGGAAAUUUGAAUCAGGCUUUGACUUAACAUUCUCUCAUCUCUAUGUGUCUGCUGGCUGCUGUGGAUAAACAUGUAAAACCAAGAUAUAAUGCAUUUGACAGCAAACGCUCACAAUGAAAAUGACCCUUCAACAGGCAAGUCUACAGAAAGCACCUAGCAGAGACCUAGGAUCCUGGAUUCAGGAAGGAGGAAAGAAGAUGAAGGCCUCAGUACAACGAAGACGUUCCACGUCUGCCAUCACCAAGGCCCUAAGCAAGAGCAAAUUACAUUCCAGGGAGAUUACAUUGUUUCCCGCAAACUCCGCAAAUGGACUUCUCCUUGGUGCUUUCUGUAGCCCCAGCAACAUGUUCAUAAUGAAAGAGCGAGUGCAGCUUACAAGUGGGUGGCAGAUCCAGGAGAGACACCUGUUCCUAUUCACUGACACCCUCAUCAUUGCAAAAUCAAAGUCCUCUUCCAGCCUGAAACUGAAAAAGCAGGUGCAUCUGAAUGACAUGUGGACAACCUCUUGUAUCAGUGAAAUCUCCGAAAGAAAUUUAAGCACUGAUAAUUCUUUUGUUAUUGGGUGGCCCACCACAAACUAUAUUGUCACUUUCAGUUCCCCAGAAACAAAGGAGAAGUGGCUCUCAACCUUAUGCUGGCAUAUUAAUGAGGUGAAGAAGAAUGAACAUGGCAAAUCAGUGCCCAUCAGUGUGUUAUACCUGGAUGCAGAUGAUUUGACUUCUAGUACCACCAUCAAUGUUUGUAACAUGGAUACAGCAGACAAAGUGAUCAAAAUGGCUUCCCAACAGCUUGGAAUUCCAGGCAGACCAAGUGACUACCAUUUAUGGGUUUUGAAUGGGAAGGAUGAACCCCCUUAUUCCCUGUUUGGCCAUGAACACCCCUACAGUAUUGUCAUGAACUGUCUCCAAGAAUAUUUUAAAUUACCCAGUGGAAGCAACAACAAUCUCUUUGUAGACAAGAGCACUGAGACUGUCAUUGCAGAGCAGCUUCAGAGGGAGAGACAGUGCCGGUUCAUCCUUCGCCUGAAGCCACAGGUCCCUUUAUAUACAAGAGGAGAAUCAGUGCAAAAACAUUCAAGGAGGAAAAAGUCACUAAUAGACUGGGCCCUUCGGCGUAGUGGAAGUACCACGCUGAGCAGUCCUGCCUCUCAAUCGCCGACUACCCCUCGCAAACUCUUUGGCUUGUCCCUAUCAUCUGUCUGUCUCAACGGCAAUCUUCCCAAACCCAUCAUGGACAUGCUUAUGGUUCUGUAUGAAGAAGGCCCAAACACCAAGGGGAUCUUCAGACGUUCAGCCAAUGCUAAAACCUGCAAGGAACUAAAAGAGAAGUUGAUUUCUGGAGAUGAGGUUCAAAUAAAUAGAGAAUCCGUCUUUGUGGCAGCCUCAGUGAUCAUGGACUUUCUGCGCAAUAUACCUGACAGUAUUUUAUCCUCAGACAUGUAUGGACUGUGGAUAGAGGUUACGGAAAUGGAAGAGCAUGAAUAUAAAGUUGAAGUUAUUAAAAGGUUGUUGAAGCAGCUUCCAGAAGCCAAUGCUGUGUUACUUCAACAUUUAUUUGCGGUUCUUCAUCACAUUAAGGAGAACUCUGAGGAAAAUCAAAUGACAGCGUUCAACUUGGCUCUUUGCAUAGCUCCCAAUAUAUUAUGGCUCCCCACAGCCUGUGACCCAGAGGAAGAGACUAAGUCAACGAAAAAGGUUGCACUUUUAGUGCAGUUCCUGAUUGAAAAUUACCAUCUUAUCUUCGGACAAGAUGUAGAAUCAUUAUUCAGAAAACCUGAUAAAGAACAUUCAACAAGCGCUGAUGAUUUAUCAGGUAUAAGCUUAAUCCACGGGCAGGAUUCCUCAGAUGAACUUGAAUUUGCAGCAUCUGACUUGGAUAAAUCAGACCCAAAUUUGUUGAAAGACAUGGAUGAGAUGUUUGACGAGUCUUUAUUGUUAGAUGACAGGGAAGACUGGGACCUUUUCAGUGAAAUUGCUGCUUGUUAUCAAAGUAAAACCAGGAUGGAUACCUUGGGUUGUCUUGACAAAGACCCCUUUAACUGCAUCAACUCUGCAUGUUGUCUGAGUCCAUCCAGGGACAGAUGUUCCUCAGAACCAACUGUCUGUCUCAGUUCCAGGAUUCCUGUUCAAGACCAUGAACCUGUUGCUCGGCAGUCCAGUUGUGAUGCCACCAUUAUGCAUAACCAUAUUGACUAUAUCAAUCACCUGAAGCAGCUUCAGAUGGAAACUCAGAAGCUAAUAGAUGAAGAACUCAGUACAACAAUAAAUAAGCAUAUGCUUUGGAGAUCACCACAAUCCCGCACCAGGCUGAAGAACAAAAGCCCACAUAAAUUAACACCAUCAAGUAGGUCAAGCUUUUCAAGCCUUUCUUCUACCUCCACCUCUCCAUCAGCCUCUUCUUUAAGUUCUCUGGACAGUACUUUUUCUUAUUGUUCAGAGUCUUCUGUUUUCACACCAAAUGAUGUAACUUCUCUACCAUUCAUGUUUGGGACAUCAGCCCGGCUACACACAUUGUCUCCAGAAAUCUCCCAAAGGAAGCUGAAGGAGUGGCAUGCACCUUUGUCCAUGCUUUUUACUAGUGAUCUUGAUUUAGGUGAGGCACCGGUGAAAGUAGAAGAUAAAGUCAUAAGUGAGGACAACAUACAAAAAAACAAUAAAGACAAUAAGUGUUUUGCAAAAAAAAUGGACUUUGACUUUAGUAGUUCUGUAGAAGCUAAGGCUACUACAGGCUUGUUCAUAGACUCAAAAUGUGAAGAAAACUAUGUCCAAGCUAAUGUAUCUUCGGAUAAUUCUCACUGCGUUCACAGAGAAACCUCCACAGAGCACACAGAGAUCAGUAAACAAGAGUCUUCCAAUGAUGAUAACCUUAAGAAAACAAAAGUCACAUUUUUUAUGUCCCCAAAUAUUAUCCCUGUAAAGAACAUGGAUGAUUCAGAUGAAAAUACAGAUUCAAAUGGCUCACAUUGUCAAUCCACAAGGCUCAAUAUACCCCAAACUGUGUUCUAUGGCCAAAAUGCCCCACUUGUUCUACACUCCGUAUCCAGGAAGCAACACCUUGAAAUGGAGAAACCGCUGUGGCAAACACAGCUAAAACAUGUAAAAAGCACAUCUACUACAAAUGUAAUGUUACCAGACAACACAAAACCAGUGGAGAGUUGCCAAAUGUCUGGUAUAUACAAUGAAACUGUUAAAGAAGAACAAAUUAUAGAACAUAACACUGAGGAAAGAAUUGAAGAGCCAACAUUAAAUAAAAGUCACAGCAAGUCUAUUACCUCCUUUACUCAAACUAUUCGUAUUGUCCUGCCAUCGUCUGUAAGGAACACCAUGAGGGGGUACUUUAAGCACACUGAAUCAAAAUCUAAUAGCACUUCCCAAGUAGAAACAGGGCUGGAAUACCUGCUCCAUAAAGCACCGGAAGACUGCAACCAGCCAACCACAAACAGUUCCAUAGACACCAAGGAGCAGAGCUCUGUUCAAGUUGAACAAUCAUUUGUGUAGCAAUGACCCACACAGCUCAAUAAUGUUUUUUUAUAGGAGAUGUUCAAAAGUUGUAAGACAUUUCAAAAUGUACAAAUUACAAGAUGUGAAAAGUUAUAUUGUAUAAAAAAAUGAUCAAAGAUUAUGUGCAGUAAAGAGAAAUAGUUUGUAAAUGUUUGAUAUUUUGGAUGGAAUAAUUGCCCUUACCCUUGUUAUAAUUGUAGGUCCAUAGAAUCACCCUACAGUGUAUGUUUUCCAGACUGCUAGCAUUAGUAGAUACAAAAGGGACUUUCUGU